AUGGAGCUGGUCUUUAGCUUCAAAAGGGCAUAUAAUUUGGAGGUCAUUUUGGUUAUGGUGGAGCGCAAAUGUCCUAAAGGCGACUCUUGGAACAAAGCCAGGUGUAAACAGAUAGAGCUUCAUUAUACAGAAGUCAAGUGCUUAUGGCGUGGCACAGAAGUUCGCAAGGCAAGUGUUUUUAAAAAAGAUUUAUCUGCCGUCAGCGGGAACUCGAUAGCGGUUUUGACUAUUGGGUUUGACAUACACCACUUACAGUUAGAUGAUCAACACAGCACGGUUAGAAAGGGUAAAUCGUCUGGUAAUUUACCUACCCGCAAUAGCACUGCCACAAUAGGAGUGUUCUGGGGUCAUGGCCUGUAUGACAUUUCAGACCUCCUAUUCACAGAUGAAGAGGCACAGAUGAAGUGGAACAGAUGA